AGGGCGGGCGGGGCUGCUGCCCGCGCUGCGGGGGUAACGGCUGGCGCGGGGGCCGGGGCCGCAGCUGGGCGCGCUGAGGCGAGGGAGCUGCCCGGCCGCGCCGGUUCCGCACCAUGGAGCGGUACGAGAAGCUGGGCAAGGUCGGGGAGGGCUCCUACGGCGUCGUCUUCAAGUGCCGCAACAAGGAUACCGGCCAGAUCGUGGCCAUCAAGAAGUUCCUGGAGUCCGAGGAGGACCCAGUGAUCAGGAAGAUCGCCCUGCGGGAGAUCCGCAUGCUGAAGCAACUGAAACAUCCCAAUCUGGUGAACCUGCUGGAAGUGUUCAGGAGGAAGCGGAGGCUGCAUCUGGUCUUCGAAUACUGCGACCACACAGUUCUCCAUGAGCUGGACAAGCACCCCCAGGGGGUGCCGGAACAUCUAGUGAAGAGCAUAAUCUGGCAGACCCUGCAAGCUGUGAACUUCUGCCAUAAACACAAUUGCAUCCACCGAGACGUAAAGCCAGAAAACAUCUUGAUAACAAAGCACUCAGUCAUCAAACUUUGUGACUUUGGAUUUGCUCGCAUACUGACUGGUCCGAGUGAUUAUUACACAGACUAUGUGGCUACCAGGUGGUACCGCUCUCCAGAGUUACUUGUGGGAGACACCCAGUACGGGCCUCCCGUGGAUGUGUGGGCAAUAGGCUGUGUCUUCGCAGAGCUGCUGUCUGGGGUCCCCCUGUGGCCUGGCAAGUCUGACGUUGACCAGCUGUACCUCAUCCGGAGAACCCUGGGGGAUCUUAUUCCCAGGCAUCAGCAAGUGUUCAGCACCAACCAGUUCUUCAGUGGGAUAAGAAUUCCAGACCCGGAAAGCAUGGAGCCAUUAGAAAUGAAAUUCCCUCAUAUUUCAUAUUCUGCUCUAGCUCUCAUGAAGGGCUGUCUUCGUAUGGACCCUGCAGAGAGGCAGACAUGCGAGCAGCUGCUGCAGCACCCCUACUUUGACAGCAUUAGGGAAGCAGCAGAUCUGGGCAAAGAACAUGGAAAAAUGGCUCGGAAGCCAGCCAGGCUGACUCGAAAUCAUGUACCAGGGUUACAGUACCUGCCUCAGUUAACCAGUGGUAACGUACUACCAGCUUUGGACACCAAGAGGUACUGCUGCAAAACGAGGAAAUCAAACUACCAUUUCCCUAACAUCUAACCAGAUGGCAGAUUAAAAACUAUUCAUUGAUCAAAGUUCAAGUCAUUCACAAUUUAUAAAAGGAGGAUACGUGGUGGAAAACAAAAUUACUACUUGUUAGGACAUACACAAAAGUGGUCUGUGACGUUCUCUGGGUCAGUAAGGGAAGCGAUACACGGAGAGAACUCCAAGCUCCUGUUAGUGCUCUGUGUACUGAGGAAAAUACAUUUAAUUUGCUUUAAUUCGUGGUUGUGUACCGGUUUGUGGUUGUGUACUGGUUCGUGGUUGUGUACCAGUUCAGGAUUACUGCAAUCCAGUGCUUACAGUGCAAGCUUAAAACCUCUUGCCUGUUCGUCCCCUGUAUUUCAGACCUGUCAGCAGAACUGCAACCUUGCCAAAGCAAUCAAGAGUCCAGCUGUGUAAAAGCAGUAUCACUGCUUUGGAGUCACUGAUCUCACAAGGAACUGUAAAUGCCUCGCUGAUGGGAGUAGAGGAGGGGAUGGGUGGUGUGAGGGGCCAAGCCUGGUGAGAGGCUGCCUGACCAGUCUAGUAAGUUCCAAACCUGCUGAAGUAGCACUGCUCUAAAAAGAUGUCUGACUUACCUACUACACUUAAAUAUGGUGCACUAUUAAAGAUACUGGUAAUGAGUCAGGCCUUAUGGAAGGCUCAAUGGGCACUGUUCCCAGGAGAAUAUAGAAACAAUACAACCUGUUUAUUUAGUCUUUUCGGAGCUUCUCCUGUUUCUGUCAGUAGCGAAGUCGCUUGCCUGUAGUGUUACAGAAAUCAUUUUUGUCAAAACUAAUUAAUGAAUGUCAUUUAUAACAUCAGCCAGACGCAGGCAGGAAUUCUACCUAAGCAUAUGUAUUAGAAUGAUUUGUAAUUCUUGUGUAAUCUUAGGAUGUACUAUUGUGUUGAUUUUGAAUAAAUGUAGUUUGUUUUGCCAAUUUA